AUGCCCAAAUUCGCGCAAUUUCUCAUUCUACUACUAUUCAUAUUAUCAACCGUAAGAGGCGAUGAUUCGAAAGAGAAAAGUCUGUUCAAGUUUCCGGAGCUCGAAGAGGACGAUGAAAGCGAAGAGAAGAGUCUUGAGAAGGAUAUUCUUGUCAUUCCGAAUCGAUUCCCGAAACGACUAAAUUGGUUUUGCGAGCCGAGAAACGAGCUGAUGCGCGAUCGCCUGUGUUUUGGCGAAGUUGAUGCUUUCGCAUUGGCAUGCGCCAACGAUUCGCCACCAAUUCAAUUGGUCCCAUUCUGUCUCGGAUAUAAGCAUCAAUGCUCAAAGGCAAACUUUCCCGAAGACUCGUGGUGCGAAAAGGAGUUCGAUCAUUAUGAUCGUUUCUGCACGCGAAUGCGCAAAAAUCCUUGCAAAUCGACGACGCACGACAUCUCGUGCUAUUGCGAUCCGUAUGAUCGUUUAUGGUUGCGAUACGGUUUCGAGACCGCCCGCUGGUGCCAAAAAUACGAGCUCGUUUGCGAUGAGAAAAGCCGUCGCGCCAAAGGUUCGGAUCUUGUCGAAUUGAUGCAGGACACUUUAAAGGUGCACUACAGGUGCCUUCACCUCUUCAACCUUGCCAAUGUGAUAUGUGAUCCGUUCAGCACCCGAUUUGACUGGUAUCGUUGUAUGAAGUUCAUCUUCGAUUGUGAGCUGAUCUCCGAAUGGGAAGAGGACGAUCUCGACGAAGUUGGUCUUCUACCGGCCGAAGAAGAAAUUGAAAAAGCCAAGGAACGCGCGAAACAGGAAGAAAAAGAAAAGAAAAUCGCCAUCAUCCAGGAAUCGAUAUCGGACACCACGGAGAAGCUGCUCAAGGCCGGAAUUCCCAAGGAAAAACUCAAGGAGAACGCGGAGAUAUUCGAAAAAGAGCAAGAACUGGCAACACUCCUCAAAACGCCAUAG